CCGGGGAACACCACGAUGGUUCCGAGAGGCAUGCCUCUGCAACUUCGCGGUCCUGGCCGGGUUGCCUCAUCCAUUCUGCGAUCAGGGUUCGCGAUGAUAGCAAGCUCAAAGCCGAACCGUUCAAGCUCGGGAUCCACGCCGAUGAAACUCAAUCGCAACCUUGUUCAUGGCCAUCGCCAUUUUUUGACCCAUGAUCAUGGCCUGAUACCGUUCACCCUCGUCGACUUUCACUCGGUAAAGAAGAGACAACAUUCCGCAACUCAACCGGAAAAUAUCUUUGUCGCUGACGACACAUAAGGUUCACGAAUGUGCACUGCGCGUAUCCAUACAUCGACGGGCGUCGAAGCCGAAAGCGCUAAGCAUGCUCCACCCAACCUCCGUGAACUGAUGACACUCGAUAGGCCGGGAACCUAUUACAAGUGCGACCUUGUCUAUUCUUCUCAAGACAUAUGCAGAAGACAUAGAUUCUGGCCUGAUUU